AUGGCGGAACAAAACGCUCGGGGCCAACGGCGAGACGCCCACCCUCUUAGCCCCGGAGCCCCCCAGUUUGGCCCGUUUCCCCCACGCCUGAAUCUAAGGACUCUACCUCACCAUCCUCCCCGGGGCCCACGGAUACCCACCCACCCGGACCAGGGGAGCCCCGGAGCUCGAACGGGGCCGGGACAGCAGGGACGGUCGCAGCCGAGGGUAGUCGGUUCAGCAACAGAGGACUCGGUGAACCCACCCACUGAGCCACCAGCGCCUCUUCCACGGGACCCGGGCUCACGGAUCGGCCGGAACGGCCAGUUCGCCUUCACCACCGCCACCCUCCCACAGAGAGGAAGACCCCAAAAGCCCGGGUUAGGGGGGACGAAGGGGGAUGUCCUCCUACGGCCCAGCCUCCUCCAAACCUCGGCAUCCAGCGUCGGCUCACGGGACCGGCCGGACCAAUUUGCCCGAGAGGCCGGGAGAAAGGGCGGACCGACCGACCUCAUCCUCGGUGAACCUGCCCUGCCCUGUGAUGUCAGCACAGCCCAGGGCGAGCCGAAGGAUACGUCCAGUUACUACGCUCCCUGUGUCGAGUCGGAGGCUCCUGGCGUCCUCCACCAAGCGAGGGUCUCCGAUCAGAGGAGCGAUGUACUGAGCUCCGGAGGCGGUGAUUUUCACGACAAGAGGCCCCAAAGGGUCAACGAGGCCAAAGACAGUCCCCGGAGAAAGGGGAGGGCCGCGGCCCGGCCUCCGGCUCCCCCGGCCCUCCUCCGCCCGCCCCCCGCGCACCUCGGCCGGGUCCCGGCGCUACGAGACUCCGAGGCUCCGCUCCGGGCCUCCGCCGGCGGCUUCGAGAAGCGCCCUCCUCCGCCCGGCCUGGGCCCGCCGCGAGACCCGGCCAAUCAGCCGCCGCGCCGGGCCGGCCCCCGCGCCCCCAUUGGCCGAGCCGCCCGAGGGGGGGCGGGGCCGCGGCCCCCGCCGCAGCCAAUCGGCCGCCGCGCCUGGGCGGCCCCCGCGCCCCCAUUGGCCGAGGCGCGAUAG